GCAGAGCAUUCAGUUGAUUCACGUUUUUCUACUAACAGUUUAGUUGUAAGAUGGCGGCGCGGUGGGGAACAGGCGAGGAUAUUUUAAAACCCUGUAAUAAUCAAAUGUUCUCGUCUGGGAAUCUCGAUGAGGCAGAGAUGCUUCAGGGAAGUUUCUCUGGCAGCUGUCUGGAGUAUCACAGUCUCAACGGAAAUGCUCUGGAAGCUUUACAUGAUUGCUUGGAUCCUUCUAUUCUGUCCAUUUUUGAGGAAAGCCCCACUGGAGAAGUUAAAAGUAAUAUUGAUGAGGAAAGUGAAGCGACACUUCUCACAGCUCUCACUGAGAUACUUGACAAUGUUGAUGAUGAGAACUUGUCGCCUUUUGACAGUCUACCAGAUUCAGACAUGUUCUCGGGACACAGGGGUCAUGAACAUUCACCGCUGAGGAAAUGUAUUUCAUGGUCUCCCGAAGAUAAAGAGUCUUUGAUUACCACAAGACAUUUUCCUGGGAAGAGUCUCCCACGAAUGCAGAGAGCAUCCCAGCAGAAUAGUGAAGGAGAAGAGGAAGAUGGAGAUGCUAGUUUGACACCCAUAACUAAUAUUGAUUUAUCAUCAUUGGAUGAGUUUGACUGGUGCCUUCCUAUCUCCUUAGAGCAGGUUGGAGAAAACAUGCCUGUUACUCUGAGUGAUUUAGUAAAACACAUGCACCCUUACUGCAUGACAUUAUGUGUUGAAGGAGAAGAGGGACGAGAGCAUCUUCUGCCUGAACAGGGAAUUGUGCUGGAAGUGGUUGAUCAAGGAAAGCAUGGAGAGCCCAUCCUGACCAUCCCAGAUCUCAGCCUCCCCCUUCCUGUUUCUUGCUCCGACUCAGUAGAAGGUGAGCAAAGUGUCCCAGAAAAACACAUGGAAGAACAUGUAGGAACUUCUGUAGUAUGUCCAGUUGAGCAGGAGAAAGUGGUUGCCAAGGUGGAUAAAAAUGAGUCGUCUGACAAAUGCAACUCAAGAGGGAGAAAGAAACAGAAAAGCGUUGAAUCCCCUUUGGUUGAAAGGAGAGUUUUGAGAAGUUCAUCUUCUCGAGUUAAAGAGGAGUCACAGAAGAAACAACAGAAAAAGCAUAAGAAGAAAAGAGUUAGGUUUUCUCCUGUGCUUUCAUCAGCAGAACCAGAGAACCCAAAACUUGAAAAUUUGACAGGAUUGGUCAUGGACCUUGAGCCACAGGUUGAUAAAGAGUUCAUCAUGACCCCUCAAGCUGAUUCAACAAUCACAGAGUACAAGCCAGAGAACAAACCAAUCCCAAGUGCAUUAUCUCUUGACAAAUCUGUCAAAGCUGAACUGCCUUCAAAAGAGGAACCUGUUAUUGAGCAUCCUGCUGUUUGUCAGCAUAGUGAAGCUAAGCCCAAACCUCUCAGUUUACAACAGUACCGUCUCCUCCGCCAACAGAAGAAACCAGACCCAGUGAAUAAGACACAGGAUAACAGCACUAAAUGGCCCAAGUUGCCAGAGGCACCGAAGGAGCUCCAUCCAAUACCCUGCCUGCUGGACCCCAACCCCAGAGACCCACGCAGAACCUCUUUUACUAAUGUUAAAAAAGAUCUUGCUUCUGAAAUAAUGCCUGCAUGGCACCCAAGAGGCCCAGCUGCUCCCUCAACACCUGAAGCCUUGCUCGUCCCACCAGCAUCAAUGAUGGCUUCCUCGAAAAAACCUGUGUCAUCUAAAUCAGGCCCUCCACCUUCCUGUAUAUCUGCUGAAAUCUCACCCCGAACUGUCCAGAACUCAACAUCAACCUCAUCCCAGAAACAACCUGCUGAAAAUUCACCUUCAGUUGUUUCAACUCUGAAACUACCUGCUCCUACCUGUGUUCCAGAAAACACUAUUAAGUGUGCGACCUCCCACCCUGCAAGGCAUGAGGUUGCAAAGCAGACGCCUCCCGAAAGUACCGUUUCGCUACCAGUGUCCACUACAUCCAGUCCCAACGAAUGUUUACAUAGAAUCCCUAGUGCUGCUUGUGUGGUUGAAGAUGUGCCACUGGCUCCAUCUAAAGUUCCAGAUCCCUCAAGGCCUAAAAGUCCUACCACUGCACAAGUCCAAAGCCUCAACUCUAGCCCUCACGAACUUCAUGCUGCUGUGCCUCUAAAGAGGGAGACUGAGCAGGCUGUUUUGGCCCCUGUGCCUGAUGAAGCCAAAAACACACUGCCAUCUGAUUCUAAAACGUUGACCUCACAAACACAGCCUCAUGUUGCACCAAUAGCUGCUCAGCCAUUUUUCUCUGCUCUAGUUCAAGCCAGAGUUGUUAAACUGGCAGAACAGAUGAGAAUGGCUUCUUCUGAGAUCCCCAAACCAAAGAACACCACUGAGCUCAUUGAGUCAUUCACAAGUGAAAUUGGCAUUGAGGCUGCUGAUCUUACAAGCCUCUUGGAGCAGUUUGAAGAGUCUCAAUCUAAAGAAGUGCAGAGUGUUCCGGAGGUCUCUGGUAGAGCAGCCGCUGUAGGAAACUCCAGUUUUGAACAGCAGGUGGAGACAAAGGCCCUGGAGAAAACUUGUAAUCAUGACCUAGGCAGUACAGCAGGCCUUACACCUCCAGCUACACCCCCACACCAGAUGUGGAAGCCUAUUGCACCACUUGCACUGCUGGGGAAACCCAAGAAGUCAGAGGUCCUUAAAUCAACCCAUAACAAGACUAUUCAGAUAGAAGCAAGACCACUACCUUCAAAUAAACUGCGCAACAAUUCUCAGGCCCCUAUUAUGACUCAGACUCAGCCUUUCUCCCUUGACCACGACUACUGCCUCCCUCCAAAGGAAACCAAUCUAAAUGAGGUUGGCAAACGGUGGAAUGUCAAACAACAACCUAGCAUCAUCAUCAAGACUGUUGAGCUGCCCUCCAACAAAACAAUCCAGCACAGUGUCUCCAAAGCUCUAUCAAAUCCUUCAGUUACAGAGGGAAUGCAAAUAAAUCUUAACCUUUGUCAAUCUUCUGUGGAUAGGAAGUGCAUUGAGAGGGAUGCAUUUAAUAGCUCUGUCUUGGUGACUCCAGAUGCCUCUCCAAACAGGCAUGAGUCUGUAAGCCCUUUACUGGAUGAAGCAAAAUGCAACCAGCAGAAACCUCUAGGCUACUCUGAGUGUUCGUCCAGGCAAUACCAGCACGAAAGAGGCCGCACAAGACGAAGAUACAGAGCACAAUACUCCAAUAGCUCCGAAUCCAGCUCAGAGUUGUCCUCCAGAUCACGUUCACCACCUAGGAAAAGAUACAGAUCUCGUCAUUCAAGUAGUAGAUCCAGUUCGACAUCUCAGUCUUGUUCACGAUCCAGCUCAAGUUCUUUUUCCCCACCCCGCCGGAGACGGUAUUCCUACUCAAGCUCAUGCUCUGGAUCCUGGAGCCGCUCUCGAUCCAGAUCCCGUUCUUCAGAUUCUCAUGGACGUCAGCAUUGGACAAGACAAAGAAGCCCUAAUGAGAGGCCUGGUUUCCACUAUUCACAAAAUAACAAUGAAGGCAUGAAAAGACGCCAGGACACAGCCAUUGAGGAAAGGAGAAUAGUUUAUGUUGGACGAAUCCGUGGAACAAUGACUCGUAAAGAGCUGAAAGAACGCUUUUCAUACUUUGGAGAGAUUGAGGAGUGCAAUGUGCACUUAAGAGAAAAUGGGGACAACUACGGCUUUGUUACUUACUACAACACAAAGGAUGCAUUUGAUGCUAUAGAGCAUGGAAGCAAACUGAGGCAGCCGAAUGAGCUUCCAUUUGACCUGUGUUUUGGAGGCAGGAGGCAGUUUUGCAGGAUGAGUUAUGCUGAUCUUGAUUCAAACCAGGAGUAUGAUCCAAUGCCUACAAAGGGAAAACUUGAUGCAGUAGACUUUGACACUUUACUCAAGCAGGCACAGAGGAACCUGAAAGGGUAACGAUUAGUAGCUUAGCCGCAGAAGAGAAGGCGAAUUACCUCGGAGCGAAAAGCUGCCCCUCACUUCCAGUGUUGCCUAUCAAUUACUGUUUUUCUUUUGUUUUUGUUUUGUUUUUCUCUAUUUGUCUUUUUGUUUCUGCAAGUUUACACCUUGUAUUGAAGUGAAGAUUUGUAAGAAAAAUGAAAAGUGCAAAAAAAAAUAUCAUGAAAUAUAAAAAUGACUGUGGAAUGAAUUAUAAUAAUUAUUUUAAAGGAUGCAAUUUAUUUAAAUGUUUAAUCUGACGUCAAAUGUUGGAAACAUUUUUUUAAAAUUAAAUUGAAACAUUUUGUUUGGGGAUAAACCGAUAUAAAAUGUUGAAAAUGU